CUCUCUCUUCUCCCUCCCUCUCUUCCAUUCAUUAAGAGUUGACUCUCUCUCUCUCUCUCUCUCUCUCUCUUGCUUCGGCAACUGCUUCAUUCACUCCCUCCCUUGCUUUCUUUUCCGCGUGCUGGCACGUCUUGGCCGAUACGUCAAUCACCUCAGACUUGCUGCCUGACACACGCCUUGCCCUUGCACUUGCAUUCGUCUGCAUCAUCAACAAUUCUUCAAUUCCUACUCUCCCUUCAACCACUUCUUCUUUCCCUUCCGGACAGGAUCCACUCUGUAAUUCAUCAUGAAGUCCUUCUUUACUCUUACAGCUAGCCUUUUGGCGGCUAGCUCCUCACUCGUUGCUGCUUUCCCCAACCCAGGCUUCAUCAACAAACAAACGCUCCCUAGCAACCACUCCACAGAAGUCAAGGAGUACAUUGUCACUUGGUGGCGUAACGAGACUGUGCCCGAGCCCAUUGAAAGGUACAUGGAUGCCCUUGAGCUCAACAAGAAUGGCGAUGCAAUUCUCUUCGAGUCGAGCCCAGGCGUCAACCCCCGUGUUGUUGUUCUCAAGAUGUGUGACGAGCAUGCUGCCAUCUUCAAGACCAUGGCAGAGAUCAAUGUUGUUGAGGAAAAGGCCGAGGUCAAGUCGUUUGUCGAGCAGCGUCAAGGCUCCCCAUGGGGCCUCGAGCGCAUCUCUAGCGCCCAAGGCCCCUCAGGCUCUCCCCAAGGCCAGGACUUUACCUACUCUUUCAACGACUCUACUCUCGGUGCUGGUGUCGAUAUCUACGUCAUUGACACUGGUGUGCGAACUUCCCACGCUGUCUUCACUGGUCGUGCUGUCCAGGGUUUCACCGCUACCGGUUCUUUUGUCGACGGUGACGGUCACGGCACUCACGUUGCUGGUACUGCUGGUGGCGCCAAGUUUGGUGUUGCCCAGGGUGCCAACAUCAUCGAAGUCAAGGUUCUUGGAGACGAUGGAUCCGGUGCUUCUUCCGACACCAUCAGGGGUAUGGAUUGGGUCAUUGCCAGGCACAACAAGCGCAAGACUGAGCCCGGCUUCAUCGGUUCCAUUAUGAGCAUGUCAUGGGGUCUCCAGGGCUUUGCCAACUCCGUCGACGAGGUCAUUACCGGUGCCUCUGAGGCUGGCAUCCACGUCUCCGUUGCCGCUGGAAACGACGGCCAGGACGCCUGCGGAAGCACUCCCGCCCAUCUCGGCGGUGCCAACUCUAACGUUGUAACUGUCGGCUCCGUCAACAUCAACAACCAAGUCUCCAGCUUCUCCAACAACGGCCGCUGCGUUGACAUCUACGCCCCUGGCGAGCAAAUCCUCAGCUCCUGGUCCACCGGCGACAACGUCAUCAACUUCCUCUCCGGCACCUCCAUGGCCUGCCCCCACACCACGGGUGUCAUGGCCGUCCUCAUGACCCAAGACGUUGCAGGCCUCGGCCAGAACCCCGCCGCCCUCAAGGCCAAACUUCUCGCUACCGCCCGCAAGAACGACAUCUCCGGUAACCUCGCCGGCAGCCCUAACCUCCUCCUCAGCAAUGGCGUCAACGGAAACGUUGCCCAGCGCCUUGUCAAGAACUAUGUUGUCCCCGACCACAGCGGCCUCAACGGCAGCCCUGCUGCUCGCGCCGCCGCCCGCAUGGCAGAGGCCGCGCCCAUCGAUAAGCGCUUCGAGCUCCACUCGCGCGAUGUCCAGCUCCGUUUUUAAGAAGAUGAGGUAGAACUUUAGCCUAGCGUGGGCUUCACUACUAUUCACACCUAACCAAGAAAAAUGAGAGAGAGUUUUAGAGAU